UCCUUGUUUUGUUUUUUUUAUAGAAUAAACAACACAAUGAAGAAGUUUCAACAGAGGGCUUAUAAGCGUAGAUGGGCUGCCACAACUAGGCAUUUGAAGAAGCAAUGCCGACAGUCAACUUUAGAAUUAGAGAGUGAUGAUAGCGAGCAAGAGAAUGACACGACAAUCUUUACAACUCCAGAAACAGUGACAACCCUUCAGUACAUGGAUGCUGCGGAGACUGCUUCCUGCACUGCCGCGGGUGCUGACAAUGCCACCUAUAGUGGCCCUGACAGUGAUGAGCCUGAUGAAAAUGAUGCUGAUUGGAGACUAAUCGACCAUCAUGUCACCUUGUCAUCUGAUUCAGAAAAUGAGAGUGAUAGUGACUGCUUUGAAGAUAUUUUGAGGUCUGGAUUAUUUUAUCGUCAGAAUAGCUUCUGCUAUUGGCCAAAGCCAAAUCCUACCCACUCCAGAAUCCGGAGAGCUGAGAUUCCUGACAAAGAAGUCUGGGAUAGGCUGCCAAUUCGGGUUUUCAGGAAAACAUUGACUGAAGACUUUGACAAGGCCCUUCAAUAUGAAAAACAAGCUGAAAUGUUUUCGAGCCCAGAGGAAGAAGAAAUGUCAACCGAAUGGAGCCACAUCACCCCUGAACGUUAUAGAAACGAUGAGGAAGAUGUGUUUGAUGCUGACGGCGAAGAGGAAAUUCGGCCAAAAAAGAAGUGCAGAAAAGAGAAAUUACAGAUCCUCAUCCAGGCACCCCCACUGCCAGUGCUCCCACCAUUGAACUUUCCAAACUCCAGCGAGUACCAGACCACUUCAGCCAGUACCAGCCAAUACUACACCACUCCAAGGCAUCCAGGCCGACCUCACAGCCCAGCGAGAAGCAGCACUUACAGGCUCAGUCCAGACAGGAAUCAUGCAUCCAGCUCAAGCCAGUACCAAACCACUCCAGCCAGUACGAGUCAGUACCAGACCACUCCAAGAAACAGCAGGAAUGCCCUUGGAAGUGAACUUUUCCAGUUAAACAUGAAAGUUCAAAAACUAGUUGAGAACCAGGGAGAAAUUAUGCGCAUGCUGAGAGGGCUGGCAGCACAGUCUGUGGGGCCAGAAGCUGUGGAUGUUCAAGAUCUCAUUGAGAAGCCUUUCGAGACUCUUGAGCAGCUUAAGACCUUCUGUGAACAGCUCGACACUGAUCUUCUGCUCAGAAAGCAGCUGGUGAAAGCUCUUACUGCUCUUGGUGGGCAGAAUUUGGCAGACACGGUGAGGACAAUGCUGAGGAAAAUUGCCACAAACAAAGUCCUGGAGCAGCUUGGUCUCCGUGGAAAGACAGGCAAAGUGGCGUUUGAGGACUUGCCCUUUUACAGAAUAAUAAUAAAGGCAUGCAGGGGUGUUUACAAACAGACGACCACAGCUGAAGUAGAUUGUGAGCUUGGAGAGGUCCUGAAACUGGCCACUUUUCGAAAGGGAGGUUCAAAGUUUGAGGAGAAGAGGAGGAAUUAAGAGGAAGCGACGGCGAAGAAGGGCAAAGGGAAGUGUAAAAAGGAAAUGGACAGUGAGAUGAGUGACCAGGAAGUGAAGAAGAAGAAAACAGGGAAAGGGAAAAGAACCAAGCAAACGCCAGUGAAACCAGUGAGCAGUAGGUUUAAGAUGUUCAUCAUAUUUGUUCUUCUUUGUACGUUUUGAACAGUCUCUUAAACUGGAUCAUAUUGGUUUCUUUUGUUAAUCCAUUCCAUCAUUUAAUUCCACAUACAGAUAGAUAUGCUAAAGGUUUUAAGUGUUAUAAGUGCAUACAAAUGUUUUCAAUUAGAUUUUUCUCUAAGGUUAUAUUUCUCCUCUUUUGUAGAGAAUACUUGUUGUACAUUCUUGGGUAGCAGGUUAUAGUUUGCUUUGUACACCA